AUGCAGUCCGGGUCGCAACCGGCUUUGCCGUGCAAGCGCCCAGCUGCGCAUGCCACGGCGAAUUCCCCGCUCGGAUGCAGUUCCCCUCCUCCGAGGGAGCGAAUCGAACAACGGGAUCCAGCACCGGUCGAACUCGGCAGACAACCACGCCGGGAGGUCACUGCGAACGGCGGCCUGCCGAACCGCGCCCUCAUUGUCCAGGUUUUAGAUGUGUGUGUAGCGCUGGGGCGCCCUCGAGGUCAGAGGUCAGCUUCGACAGCCCGGCCAGCCACUAGCACUCCCGUCUGCGAGACACCGGCCUGCACGCCCAGGCCUGUCGUCAUGUGUCCAGGGGCCUGCUGGGAAAUGAUCAUCACCUGGACGCUGCUGAAGGUCGUCCGCUGGCUGUUUUCUGGGGCAUUCGGUGGCCGUUUGCCGGCGUCCCUGCCCGGGGCUGCUCUUUUACUGGGUCACCACUACGGAGUACUGUACCGCCUAAAGCAAGUUACUGUAGCGAUUGCUGCACCAUUCCCAGACUGUUGGGGAACUGGUUUCCACCUGGUCGCUUUCAUCCCGUCCUGCGGCAGCCGGUCAGCGUGUGCGUGUGAAUGCCUCGCAGUAUAA